AUGUGGAUGCAAGCCGAUGUUUUAAUCUUUAACACGUGGCUUUGGUGGUAUCGCAAAGGACCUAAACAACCGUGGGAUUACAUUGAAGAAAAUGGGAAAAUACUAAAGGAUAUGGACAGGAUGGUUGCUUUUCGUAAAGCUCUAAUGACUUGGGGAAAGUGGGUCGAGUCAAAUGUGAAUCCAAAUAAAACCAAAGUUUUCUUUCAAGGGAUAUCUCCAUCCCAUUACAAUGGGAUGGAGUGGGACGAGGAUGGUGUAAAAAAUUGCGCCAAAGAAACGACACCCUUGAAUGGAUCAACAUAUCCAAGUGGCCUACCAUUGGCAUCAAAAGUUUUGAAAGAAGUUCUGAGUAGCAUUAAAAAACCAGUGUAUUUGCUUGAUAUUACAACUCUUUCACAACUGAGAAAAGAUGGACACCCGAGCAUGUAUAAUGGCUUCAAAGGCAUGGAUUGCACGCAUUGGUGUGUAGCCGGCGUUCCUGAUACAUGGAAUCAUCUUCUUUAUGCAGAAUUAGUUGGAGGACUAUGGUAA